UGUCCGUUUUUCGUGAAAGUCGAGCCGCAAACGGCAGACUUGUGGUAAUGGAGUCAGGCGGUUAUCCAAACAAUGUAUUUUUUAGUGGAAUUGAUUUCCAGUUACCUGGAAAUGGAGGUCAAGAUUGCGUUAAUUUCUUAAGCAAUAGGCGCCGAAUUAUCGAGUCAAUAUUAGCUUUAGCUAUCAGUUGCCUUUUAAUUUCUUUUGGCUAUCGCCGUCUAAUUGUCCCCACGAAAACAACUAUCAUACGAAAAGAUCGCGGUGGCAAACGCUUUCUCCUUGUUGUUCUUUGCCUAGUUUUUGGUGUUGAGAUUGGAUUUAAAUUUGCUACACGAUCCCUCAUUUUCAUAUUAAAUCCUUGUCAUGUUACUACCAUGAUUCAGAUUUAUCUGUUGGCUGCACCACCUAGCCCACAAGUAACGAAAAUAUUUAGGAUCCAUGUCAAUUUUCUCAAUGGAGCAAUCCUAGCCUUGCUCUUCCCAGUAAUCAAUACUCGUCUGCUGACAUUUGAGACUGAAACCUAUUAUGUUCAACAUGUUGCGAUGUUGAUUGUCCCAUACUACCUUUUACGUCUUGGAGGUGUUUAUACAUUGGAAGAUGCCGGAGACUUUAGCUGGGCGAGCCUGUCGUAUGGUUUAAUGCUGUUUUACCAUUUCACUUUGCUUCAAAUCGUUGGAAUGUUAACAACAGUCAAUCUAAACAGCAUGAUUUGCCCUGCUGUUUCGGACCCUUUCUACGGACAACACUAUCGUGUCGCUGCCCUUGUGCAUCAAUUUAUAAUGGUGCCACUCGUAAGCAAAGCCUACCGCAUAGUCGCCUCAUAUUUCCUUACGCGACUGUCUUUCACAAAGGUCAAGGACAAGCUGGAGCAAGCGAUAGAAACUGAUUUGGCCUUCGGUGCCUACCGUACCUCUUCCAUUAGCUGCGUUUCAAAUUCUAACUUUCAUCCUUUAGCCAACAAUAGUGACAAAUGUUCGAAAAAGGAAUAGGUUCUUCACUAAUAUUGUCUCCUCGUCCCACGGGAAGAUGGGAAAAAAUCGAACAGAAAUAAUAGUCGCAUUCCAGUGUCACCGUAUUUGCGUAGAUGCUACGCCGCUAGAACUCUAGAGUUGGGGAAAAACUAAUAGUUUAUCAGGCGUUGAUGGGCGUCACUGUUCCCGGCGACCCCAAUCAGCUUAGCAUUAGUUUCUAAUCCACUUAACGAGUAAUUAAUUCUAAAUGGCUGUAUCCUCUUACCCGUCAAUGUGUGUCCCCGUACGCCCUUUCCGAAACGUAUUAAGUUGGCAUUAUAGCCCUCCGUCUGUCUAAUUCUUACCCAGAUUAGCAUUUUUCGUAAUUUAUUGUGCAUUGCCACGUACUUAUCUCGCAUAGGGAUAUUCUAAGCAGUUCGAGCAAGAACGAAUUUAACUGUGUUAUGGAAGCCUCGAGUCAAGUGUCAUUAUCGAUCUCGAUUGAAGGAAACUAGUGCUGAAAUAUUGGAAGAAAAAAUGAAGAAAAAUUGCCACAUCAUGAAUUAGUCGUCGUGAUCUAUCUUACGUGCUUUGGUUUGUCACCUACUAUGUCGAGAGUGAAAUACAUUAUCUCAUUACCAGUGUGA